AUGACUUCCGCGAAACAGUUUUUUGUGACUAACAAGGGCGAGAGAAUCACAAAACUGUAUGACAACGUAAAUAAAAUUUAUGGUUCACGGUUGUCGGCCAGCGUUUUUAGACGGAUGGUCGAACCGAAAUCCAGAGGCCACCACCCCGACGUGAGCAAGUCGGUGGCGGUGGCACUCCAGCAAGGAGAGGCCAUCCGCCGGCACGACAGACUGGAAAUGGUCGGUGCGACGCCGUUGUUUGAGGCAGAGGUGUCGAAAAACUUUGUAGAGAUAUUCGGCCAUCAGGCCUAUGUCAACAUGACCCAUGAUAACAUCGUCGAGAGGCUGCAGACGUCGGACGAGUACGCCGCUCAUGAUGGGGCCGAGAUCACGCAGUCGUUCGUCAGACGGGUGAAGGCCCGGUACGACGAACAAGUCCACGACGACAGAGUAACAAUUAUUUACGAUCUGGCGGUACAGGAGUAUGACAAAACCAACAUUUCGAAAUAUGCGAUUGAAAAUCUGGCGAAGGAGAAUAAAAUUCAUUAUUUAAUUUACGGAAAUAAAGAAAAGAUGAUAAAGGACGUGGUAAAAACUUUGAAUAGUCGGUGA